AUGAUUGGCCUACGAUCCAAACUGCUUCUCUUAUAUCGCUCUGUUAAACUACCUUCUGUAGUGGGACCUUGUUCAGGAGUGACCACAGAGUGUCUUCCUGAGCUGACUCGCGGAGUAUCAAUUAAUGGUUUUCUUCCUAAAAUUGACUGGCUUCCUGAACAUUCCGAUGGCACGUCUCUUCGUCUUCUAUCAUAUCGUGUGCUGCUUCGAAAUGAUGUGUCGUUGAGGAACGGCGACUGUUGA